GUGAUGACGUCUGCAACAUCAUUACAGUAAAAAGGCACGGCUGAUGAUCGGUAGAUACAACUCAUGAUAUCAGGAUAGAAGUUUACAUCAACGAAAUGGACACCGAAAGCAACAUUAUUUCCUGCUGAGGUUCGGUUUUUUCCGAAGGCGCGUUUUAUCCAUAUUGUGUUUUAACUACGGCGGGUGGGUGAAGUGACGUGCUUGAGAGACACAGCAAAGAAGGAAGAGACGGAGUUGUGGUUAGGAGGAAGAUCAGUAUCACAUCCACCGCCGCGCCCGCUUCAGCACAGCGCUCUGUUUAGCAUCUCCUUUAGCAUGGCCCGGUGUAAUCCGUCCACUUUAGCGCUGUUGGUCUACGGGAUCUUGAUGCACUAUAGUGUUCACUGUUCUCCCAUUGGACUCAGUUACCCCAAGAUUCGACUUCAAAACGACGCAUAUGACGAGGAGGGAAAUACAUUGCCCGACUUGUCAUUCGACCAUGACCAGAUGUCGAUCCGAAGUCCGCCUUCUUUAGCAGACAAUGUUUACACACUAUACUAUCCACCAGAGAAAAGAACAGAGAGGCAUGCGGAGGAGGAAGUGGAUAGAGCAUUGAGAGAGAUCCUGGGCCAGCUGACAGCAAGGCAAUAUCUGACUUCUCUGAUGACAAUACGAGUAGGUGAGGACAGCAGCAUGGAGGAUGAAACACAGCCAUUAUCGAAGCGUCACUCAGAUGGCAUCUUCACAGAUAGCUACAGUCGUUACAGAAAGCAGAUGGCUGUAAAGAAAUACCUGGCGGCCGUCCUCGGACGGAGGUACAGACAGAGAGUCAGGAACAAAGGACGGAGGUUGACCUAUUUGUAGCCCCUCUGUUAUCCUUGACCCUGACUCUGUGUGUAUACACUCAUCCAUCCAGCUGAGUUAUUAUAUAUGAUAUGAUCUAACCAAGCAGUACACUGCGCCUGUGUUACCCAAACAUGUAUUUAUGUAUUAAGUGAAGCCAUUAAAAUAAAUAUUUUAAUAAUAA